UCGCCAGUGAUGGCUUGACAGUUCUUCUUCACAAAAAAGUUUACAUCUGCGAAAAGGCCAAGUUUUCUCUCGAUUUUUCCGUAUUUAGAGGGAUUAUUUGCAAAAACCGUGAUAGUGAGGUGAUAGAGAAUAGUUCAAAGAUUGUGAAUGCAUAAAUUGAUGUUGGGUUUAGUGUGAGGAAAGUGGUUUAAAUCAGCAUUAUCUAAUCGUCACAAAAGGGUAGCAAAAUCAAUGGCAGGGUCAGUUCCAACUCUCCAGAAGGCGAUUGAGCUGGUGACCAAAGCCACAGAAGAGGACAAGAAGAAGAACUACGAAGAGGCCUUGAGACUCUAUGAACACGGCGUUGAGUACUUUCUGCAUGCGAUAAAAUAUGAAGCCCAGGGAGACAAGGCCAAGGAGUCAAUUCGUGCAAAGUGCAUUCAGUAUUUGGACAGAGCAGAGAAACUGAAGGCGUAUCUCAAGAAGGGCACUAAGAAGAAGCCUGUCAAGGAUGGAGAAAGCUCUUCCAAUAAGGACGGCAAGAAGAGCGACAGCGACUCAGACUCCGAUGAUCCGGAGAAGAAGAAGCUCCAGGCCAAGCUGGAAGGAGCCAUCGUAAUUGAGAAGCCUCACGUAAAGUGGUCCGAUGUAGCUGGGCUAGAUGGGGCCAAAGAAGCUCUCAAGGAAGCUGUCAUCCUCCCCAUUAAAUUUCCACAUCUUUUCACCGGAAAGAGGAUUCCCUGGAAGGGAAUUCUGCUCUUUGGGCCACCCGGAACGGGAAAAUCGUACUUGGCCAAGGCAGUAGCCACUGAGGCCAAUAAUUCGACAUUCUUCUCUGUGUCGAGUUCGGAUUUGGUGUCAAAGUGGCUGGGAGAGUCUGAGAAGUUGGUGAAGAAUCUUUUUGAGCUGGCUCGUCAGCACAAGCCCAGCAUCAUCUUCAUUGAUGAAGUGGACUCACUCUGUUCUUCGCGGUCAGACAAUGAGAGUGAGAGUGCUAGGCGCAUUAAGACAGAGUUCUUGGUGCAGAUGCAGGGAGUGGGAAGUGACAAUGAUGGGAUUCUUGUGCUGGGCGCCACAAAUAUUCCGUGGGUACUGGAUUCAGCCAUUAGGCGACGUUUUGAAAAGAGAAUCUUCAUUCCGUUGCCCGAAGAACAUGCACGGUUGGUGAUGUUUAAGAUUCACCUGGGUAACACUACUCACGUGCUCACUGAGAAUAAUCUCAAGGAGUUGGCCAAGAAGACCGAUGGUUACUCCGGAGCAGAUAUUUCCAUCAUCGUGCGAGAUGCCUUAAUGCAGCCUGUGAGGAAGGUUCAAACGGCCACUCACUUCAAACAUGUACGGGGUCCCUCUCCCAUGGACAAGAAUGUUAUAGUUGAUGAUCUCGUUACGCCCUGCUCCCCUGGAGAUCCGGGUGCAAUGGAGAUGACCUGGGUGGAUAUUCCAGGGGAUAAACUCUAUGAACCUCCUGUCACGAUGGGCGAUAUGUUGAAAUCCUUAUCGAUGACGAAACCAACAGUAAAUGAGGAGGACAUGAAGAAACUCGAUAAAUUCACCGAUGAUUUUGGUCAAGAAGGGUAAACUCAAUGAUAAUAAAGAUUGGAGUAUUUUUUCCACUAAAUUGAUAACACCAAUACGACACUGUUGCCUAAAAGAAAUAUUUUUUAAAUGUAGGAAAAACAAAAUAAGAUCGUGUAUAUUUUCAGUGAUUCAAGAAAAAAAGGAAAAAAACUUUUGAAAUUAAUUAGAGAUGGAUGUUCAACAUAAAAUUAGAUUAAAAAAAAAAAAAAAACAAAAAGGAAGAUUUUUGCUUUAACCAUUUGCUCGUUUUCUUGAAGCACGAGUUUAUGGAAAGGAAACUGUUUUCCAGGGAGCUUUCUGAUAUCCAGGCAACUACGUUUAACUUUUUUUCUUUCUCAGAGAUUGUUAAUAAAAAUAAAAUAAAGGAUAAAAAAAUCCAUCCGUCUCUCCUCUUCACAGCAACAUGAAGUUUAUUGAGGAUCUUACGAAUUUCUGAUGAAAUAAUAAAACGUAAAUUUGCUUUUUUUUCAAUAUGAUAAAGAAAUAUAUUUGUAAAAUAUAUGUGUACAAUAUAUAAAA